AUGGUACUUAAUAACCCCAUAUUCGCAGAGCAAGUCCAAAUUGAGUGCGGACAUCCAGUCAAAAAGGAUCAAAUGUCAACCACAGCCGACAAAAUCUCGGAUAUCCUCCGAAGCCUGUCCGUGCCGUACAACAAAUCAGUCAGACCAAUCGAGGCCAGCACAGGAUUCAACAUGCACUGCAUGAGUCCCCUCAGUCCAACCCACAUGGAACAAAAACCCUCAGUCCUCUUCAUGGGCUCAUAUUCCGCCGGAAAAACCACAGCCAUCAAAUACCUCCUCCAAUUGGACAUUCCCGUCCUCCGCGUAGGCCCUGAACCCACCACGGACAUGUUCCACGUCCUGACCUACGGAGAGAAGCAGGUGACGGUGGGCGGAGUCAUCCUCAUGAACGACCCCCACCUGGGCUUCCAGAAUUUCUUCCCCUCCAACAAGGACAUAGCCCGUCAUUUCCAGCUGACGAGGGUGAAUAACACAUGUCUGCGGGCAAUGGACAUAAUCGACAGUCCGGGGUUCCUGAGUGGAGAGAACAUGGGGGAUCAACGAGGGUAUGACCUGCCGGGAGUGUUGUGUGAGUUGGGGAAGCGGUGUACUCGAAUGUACAUGAUGAUGGACGUGUUCAAAGUGGACGUGUCCCCCGAGUGUAAGGAGUGUUUGAGGAAGAUGAGGUCCAUGAUGGGCAAAAUGCGACUCAUCUUCAACAAGGCAGAUUCGUCAGUGAUUUGA